AUGUCUUCCACUCGUUUUAUUUGCCAACAGUGUAGUCAACCCCUGAAAAUCAAUCAAUCCAAGAAAGCCCAGGACCUCAACACCCCACAAGAACCUGCAACUUGGACUGUAGCCUCUUCCCUCAGGGCCUCAGAAAUCCAGGAACAAGGCUCCACCUCCUUUGAAGGCCCAGACAGGGAAAACUUACAGGUUGGUGCUUCUUGGAUAUGUUCUGAUGACAGCUGGAUGUUCAGGGACAUCAGAGACAACUUCACCCUGCUUGGGAAGUUUGACUCCAUGCGAAGUCUCAAUAACAUUCUGAAGAUUAUUAGGGACAUUGAUGACAUGGUCUCUUCUGAGAAAGAAAUAGACCAUCCUCUGUGUGUGGACUGUACUGACAAAUUUUUAGAGCAUUUGGAUACCUCUCUGGCCAUCACAGAAUCAGAGAAUCAGAGCUACCGGCAGUGUUUGGAGAGUAAAGAGAGAGUAGUUGAAGAUGAGCAGGAGACAUUGCUGAAGGAACUGAAGGAACUGGAGCUGGAGGAAGCGAGACUGACUCAGGAAUUUCUGGAGGUGGAGAAGAAAAGAGAAAAAGCAGCAACAGAUCUUGAGGCAGCCAAGGCAGAGACCAAGAUAUUGGAGCAGGAAGAACUGCUGUACCAGAGAGAAGAGAGUCACCUUAGGUAUCAGGAACUGGAGUUGUGGGAUGAGCUGAGGAGUUUGGAGAACCAGUUGUGCUACACCCAGAGUCAUCUUGCUCAACUGGAGAAAACCAGUAUCUUCAACACCAGCUUUCAGAUCUGGAGUGAAGGCUCCUUGGGCAUCAUCAAUAACUUCAGACUGGGCUGCCUUCCCACAGUUCCUGUGCGAUGGAGUGAGAUUAACGCCGCCUGGGGUCAGACAGCUUUGCUGCUUUUUGCCUUGUCUAAAACAAUUGGAUUGGAGUUUCAGAGGUAUCAACUUGUGCCUUGUGGGGACCACUCCUAUCUGAAGUCUUUAACAGAGGAUGCUAUUGAGUUGCCACUGUUUUGUUCUGGAGAUCAGGGUUUUCCCAUGCAUACUAAAUUUGACAAGGCCAUGGUGGCUUUCCUUGACUGUAUGCAUCAGUUUAAGGAAGAAGCAGGGAAAGGGAAGUUGAAUCUCUGCCUGCCUUACAAGAUUCAUGUAAAGGAAGGCUUGAUGGAAGACCCUGGGGUCUUGAGGAAAUUCUAUUCCAUAAGAACCUGCUGGAACACAAAGGAGGAGUGGACAAAGGCACUGAUGCUCCUGCUUGUGAAUUUUAAGUGGACUCUUGCUUGGGUCUCGUCAAGAUAUAGUCAGAGAUAAUUUUUGUUCACCCUUUUAGAAUAGUUUUUUUUUUUCUUUACCAUAGCACUGUUCAGCUCUGGCUUAUGGUGGUGUGGGGGAUUGAACCUGGGACUUUGGACCCUCAGGCAUGAGAGUCUGUUUGCAUAACCAUUAUGCUAUCUACCCUCCACCCAGAAUAGUUAUUUUAAGAGAUGAAGGGGGCAGGCAAUGGUACACUGGGUUAAGCUAAAUUUAUUCAUCUCACCAUGUAAACAAACCAAGUCAUUAUAUUGAAUACUUAAAAAUUUAAAAACUGGCAGGAUGGGUGAUUUGGAGACAAUACCUGAGCU